AUGGGCUCAGACCAUCCCAACGACUAUGCCGUUUUCGUAUCGGGACUCCCACACAAUGCAACCGACGAAGCCGAGAUUUCCGACUUCUUUCACAGGAACGCGGUUCGAGAUAGAGGAGUGGAAGUUGUCAAAGCGCUAGUUUGCUUCGAAAUAACACAACUGUUCGCUGCUGUGAAACAGAAGAAGCGUGCUGAAAUGAAUCUUUCCCAGGAUCCAGGCAACCCGCAUCUCCAGGCUGAGGUGGUGGCCGCGAAGGAGGCCCUCGCCAGUGUUGCUCCUGACAGGGCGGCCAAGAUACAAUCAUCAGGUCACGCCGUAGUCAUUUUCAGAUAUCAGAAGGACCAUCGUGCCUGUUUACGCUACUGGAAUGGCAUAAGCCGCCGACUCGUCAAUAUGUUAAUGAGUAUCGGCCUGGACUGUACCUGCCUCGAUAGUGCUCCGCGGUUCAGAGGCUGCCGACUGAAGGUCAAAAGGGCUCCAAACCCGACUGAUUUUCAGUGGGAGAACCUUGGUGUCACAUCGCAAGAGCGGCGGACAGCUCAGUUCACCACUUUGGCAUUUAUAUCUGUUAUGAUAGCUGCCUGUGGUCUGGCUUGCUUUGGGUUACAAAAGCUUCAAGAGGGAAUAGCAGAAGACGGUGGUUCGGCUAUAUUGUAA